GUACGGUUAUCAUCCCGGUUGCUUGAUCAUGGUCUGGUGUAUCCGUAAUUUACAGUCAAUUGAUUCAUCAUACUACCUGGUACUCGUACCGUCUUGAAGUUACAAACAGCAAUCGGCCUGCACCUUACCCGAUAAGUUAGCGCUGAUUGGAGAAGCGAUAAGCUUAUCGGCUUACCUUCGUAUCCACAGCAGUUAUUGAUCGCCCGCGCGUCCUCUUCCGCAUUGCUCCUGCAAAUUGAACGCAACCCAUCGCCAACAUUCUUGGCUCGUCUCCCGCCGCUUCAACGACAACAAACCAACAAUGGCAAUGGCAGACCAAGACCUCAUCACCUACGCUCAGGAUGCGGCCAGUAGAGGGGAAGACCUGUUCGCCCUGCUCGCCACAGACGCGACCGCCUCGGAAUCCGACAUCCGCAGGGCCUUCCGCCGCAAGGCCCUGACGGCGCACCCGGACAAGGCCGGCGACGCCUACGAUCCCGCCCUGUACGAGCGGCUGGAGCGCGCGCGCGAUGUGCUGCUCAACCCGGCGGCCCGCGAGGCCUACGAUAGCGGGAUGCGCGCCGUCCUGCAAAAGAAGAUGCAGCUGGAGCAGAUGUCCGCCAAGAGACGGCAGCUCGUCGAGGACCUCGAGCGGAGGGAGGAGGAAGCCAGGCGCGCCAGACAGCAACCAAAGCCUCAGGCAUAUGACCCAGAGAGGGCAGCCAUGGCAGCGAGGGGCAAGGCAAAGUGGGAGGAGAUGGUGCGGCAGAGGAAGGAGGCCGAGGUGCGGGAGGAACUGGCAAGGCAGGAGCGGUUGGCGGCGAGGAAGAAGAAGGAGGCGGGUGCCGCGGAUGCUGCGGCGGGAGACGAGCCAUCUGUCGCCUUUGCGAGCGAGCCAACCACAAAUAUCCCUGACGAUGGCCAGCGCGCCCCGCCUGCACCAACAACAACUGACGACCUCGACGAGCGGAUAGCCGAGCUGGAGAAACAACUCGAGGAGAAACGACGCAACAAGGCGGAGAAGGAGCGGCGUAAAGCCGAAAGGAAAGCGGAGAGAAAGGGGAAGACGAAGACCGAGAGGUCCACGUCGCCCGAACCUCUGGGGAAAUGGGACUCGAAGACUUCACCAUCACAAUCUCCUCCUCCUCUUCCUUCUCAUGCCACUGGAGAAUCACAGGCUGACGAAGACAAGGCCAAGCCCGUCGAACCCACCCCAUCUGCGGCGCCUCCAUCUGUCGACGGCGCCCGCCAACCAAGCGACCGCUUCGCGUCAAUGUUCGCCAGGUUGCGGGAGGCUCAGGCGAAGAAAGACGAGGUAAAAAGGAAGAAAGCCGAAGAGGAGGCGCGGGCAGCAGCAGGCGUUUCCGCUACGUAGACUCCUUUCGUCAAGGUUAUGUUAUGUACUAUUGUCGUGAUACACCCUACCGAUACGUGCCUAAUAGAACUAAGUGUCCGAUGCCAUAAGAGCCUCACAGACUAGUGUGUUUGGCUCUGCAUAGGAGACGGGCUGUGAUUGAGUUAUGAGAGAUACAUCUGAAGACCCUAGACAACGGUGCUAUAAAUAUAGGACUACCUAUGCAAGCGCCCGCGAUCCCGACGUCUUUCCGGAUGGGGACAGGUGAUGGGACAUAGCAGAUACAAAAGAUGGGAUACAAAAAGCUCACCACCAAGCUCCCCAUCGCUUUUCUCUCUCUCUCUCUCUC